CUUCCAGGUGUAACUUAAAUUAGCUUAACGUAUAUUUUGUAUUUGUUGUAGCUUUAAGUAUGUCCAGAGCUAGGGUCGGGCUCUCAGUUUUACAUGCAACCAACGAGCACCAUCAUACCUGCGACGCUCUGACCCGUCGUUCUGCUUUCAGGGCAGCCAUGACGCAAGAAAGCGUGAAGGUCGUGGUUCGUUGCAGGCCGAUGAAUACCAAGGAACGGGAACAGAAAUGUCAGAGCGUGGUCCGGAUCGACUGCGUGGCCGGCCAGUGUACGCUAACGAACCCAGCGGACCGGUCGGCCCCGGCCAAGACUUUCUGCUUCGAUGGGGCCUACGACCACAACUCGACCACCGAGCAGAUCUACGACGACAUCGUCUACCCCAUCGUCGAGAGCGUGAGCGAGGGCUACAACGGCACCGUGUUCGCGUACGGCCAAACAGGCUGCGGCAAGUCGUUCUCGAUGCAAGGCACGCCGCGGGUGCCUCAACAGAAGGGCAUCAUCCCUCGCUCCUUCGAACAUGUGUUCGAGGCCAUCGCGGCGGCCGACUCGUCCAAGUACCUGGUGCACGCCUCCUACCUCGAGAUCUACAACGAGGACGUGCGGGACCUGCUGGCCGAGGACACGCGCAAAAGGCUGGACCUCAAGGAACAUCCGGACAAGGGCGUCUACGUGCCCGGCCUGUCUCUCGUGCCGGUGCACGACGUGGCAUCGUGCGAGUCGGUGAUGGAGCGUGGCUGGGGCAACCGCUCGGUGGGAGCGACGCUAAUGAACGCAGACUCGUCGCGUAGCCACUCCAUCUUCACCAUCCAUCUGGAGCAGAUGGAGCUCAACGCCCGCAACAACAUACGGACAGGGAAGCUCAACCUCGUCGAUCUGGCUGGCAGCGAGCGACAGACGAAGACAGGGGCGAGCGGGGAGCGCCUGCGCGAGGCGACCAAGAUCAAUCUGUCGCUGUCGGCGCUGGGCAACGUCAUCUCGGCGCUGGUGGACGGCCGCAGCAAGCACAUCCCGUACCGGGACUCGAAGCUCACGCGGCUGCUGCAGGACUCCCUGGGCGGCAACACGCGCACCCUUAUGCUCGCCUGCAUCUCGCCGGCCGACGUCAACUACGACGAGACGCUGAGCACGCUGCGCUACGCCAGCCGCGCCAAGAACAUCCAGAACCGGCCGUGCGUCAACGAGGACCCCAAGGACGCGCUGCUGCGCGAGUACCGUCAGGAGCUGGAGCGACUCAAGCAGCUGCUCUCCGGGGGAUCGUUCAUGGCGACGCCAUCCGACGCCACACCGGCCGAGGCCGCCUCUUCCACUACUCCCGAAGAACUGCCGGACAGCAACAGCGAAGUCGUAAACCAGCUUAAAAACGACUACGAGGCCCAGAUGACCGAGCUGCGCAAUAAGUACCGCGAGGAACAAGAGAGCCGCGCCAAGCUGAUGAUGGACGUUGAGAAGAUGCGCAGCCAGUUCAAGAUGCAGAUGCAGCAGGUUGAACAGAACCAGAGGGAAAAGGACGCAUCAAACGAGGCGAGUUGGAAACAACGCGAGGUUUACGUGAAUAACAACCAUCUGAAGGUUGACGAGCAGGAGACGGAACGCUGGGCCGAACCAGUCGGAACUCCCGAGAAGCCCGAGAUUCGCGCGCCCAACGCGUCGCCCUGCUUUGGAAACCAAGAGGAUCCAGCGAUCCUGGCCCAGAUGCAAGCAAGGGCUCUAGAAAGGCACACAUCUGUGUUUCCCUUUGCCAUGCUUCCGAAGUUUUUUCCGUGCGUGUUGAAGAAAAUAAAGGAAAGUGUGGUCGCUGCACCAGCGCGGAAUGAUAAGGCAAGCGUCUCCGAGACGCGUGUCGAGUGGCUCGCUUGCCGAUUUUCGCGCAGGCUGCAGGAGUUGCAAGGGAGGAUGCUGGGCGGCGAGAAGAAGCACGACGCCGAGCUGAAGGCGAGGCGCGCCAAGCGGAAAGGCAUCGCAGAGAAGAGGAUCCGCGCAUUGGCAGAGGCCUUGGCCAAGGUUGACGAUGAAGAGCGCACCAUGCUGCCAGAUUACGACGACAUCAACGCGGAGCUCAAGGUCAAGUCCUCGAUGAUCCGAAAGGCGAAGCGAAAGAUCCAGACGCUAGAGCAGGAGGUGUGCGACCUUCAGCGGGAGUUCGAGACUGAGCGCACCGACUACCUGGAGACCAUCCGGCGGCAGGACCAGCAGCUGCGGCUCCUCUCGCAAAUACUGGACAAGGUGCAGCCGUGCAUCCGCCGAGACUCCAACUACGCCGACCUGGAGGCCGUCAAGGCGCAGAGCGUCUGGGACCAGGACGCACAGCGCUGGAGGCUGCCCGAGCUCACCGUGCAGCAGACCAAACUGCCGCCCGCAGCCGGAAUCCAGCCAGGAGCCAGGGUGACCCAGAACACCGGUGACGCGCCGAGCCUUGCCUCCAGCACGUUUGAUGCCAGCUCCCAGAGGAAUAGGCCGAGCUUUGGAAGUGACUUCGUGAACAGCAUCUUGAAGAAGCCACAUCGACAGGAAGAAUUGCUCAACGGCAUGCCAGAGGCGCCGAGCAACGGCGUCCGGGCCGCAGCGGCGCUUGGCGGCCUGGUGCGCGCUGGUCAGCUGGCCGCGAAGCUUCACCGGGGUGCUGCCGCCGAGAUUCGCGCCUCCCGCUCACUGCCUACGACGGGCGUCGGCAAACAGUACGCCUGGGGCAUGGUGGGCAACGACAACGGGGAGGGCGCUCUUCAGCGCCGGCCGCUCCAGCUGGAGUCUCUCGACCUCGAUAACCUGCGCCGGCAGCCGCGUACGGCGGACAGACUGGCGGCCGCCGAGCUGCUCGAGUGGCCCACAUGACAAUGGCGCAGCCCGCCGCCGCCACCACCGCGGGAGCGACCGUUGGCGCGGCUGCCGCCCAUUGGGGCGGCCGAUGAAGUCGGCGUCGAAUAGGUGUCGGAAUCUAAGUUGGAACCUAACUCUGAGUCGAUGACAGCGAGGCGCGAAGGGAUAAGCGGGAGAAGUUAACCUGCUGUUUGUUAACGAGAAUACCCGGGCUAGGUUAUGGUUAAGAAAGCGGCUUGAGGAAGUUCCAAGCGUCUAAACAGAAGGGCGAAGAGUAGAAGGAAAGACUCUGCGCUAUGUGUAGUCUAUUCUACUCUUAGUCUCGGUCUUCCGGCGCUGUGAAGCUUUUGGCGGUUAAGUAUAUGAGGCAAGGAGCAAGGAAGACGACGCAAAGUACACCUGCGCUUGCAGGUGUGCAAGGGUGUUUAGUGUCCAGAGGGCUUCUGCAUGGGUCACUAUAACAAGAAUGAGCUUAAAACGCAUGACCUGUGCUUUAUCUUUAAGUUGCCACGUAAGACACCUUCCAUAUGUUUGAGUGAAAUAUGCCUGCUGCCGUGUGACCAUUUUCCUUGGAAUGGAGAGAGAGAAGUGAGUAAAGAAAUCGAGUAAGGGGGUUUAGUCCGGCGUCGGAUUAGCUUUUAGUGCUAUUCUCAAAGGAGCGCUGGUACUCUUCCCGGAUGGAGGGCGCCAGGCUGAGCCACUCUUUAGAUAAGUGCGAGUACACAGCUUGCACGAAGGAUGAAAGGUGUCGUUUAUGGAAUGUGGGAGAACGGAGGGCUGCACCAGGAGCACCACGUGAGUGAGACGCUUCUGCAUAAACGGCAGUCUGCUAUCCAUCUGCUGCGGACACGACGUGUGUUACGAUGCUCUUUUGGUGUUCCGCUACCGAAGCGACAUAGCAAUGUUUCUCCCGUGCUGUGUUGUGCUGAAAUUGUGGUUGCACAUGUUCGCAGACUUGCAAGUCACGCCUAUUUUUAUUCUACCGAGCACCUUUGUGCUAAAGCCACCCUCAGACGUAACCCGAAACAAUCUUGUCAUAUCUUUAGCGGCCCAAGUAUGACAAUCGCUGGCUCUAAAGAUCAAACAAUGAAGGCCUCGGAAAUCAUCAGGAUCCGCAAGAACAGGGUGAUGUUUAAGGGGUGUUUGGGUAAACUUUGACGGAGGCUGUACACGUUCAUUAAUUAUAAGCUCUGUGCAUGUAUAUAUGCUGCCGGAAAUCCACACGGUCGGCGGCUAUAUAUAUAUAUAUAUAUAUAUAUAUAUAUAUAUAUAUAUAUAUAUAUGGUCUACUUUAUGGCUUCGUUCGCUGAGCCAAGCCGGCACAGAGCUGUUAUCUUUGGGUUGAACUGGCCUGCGCUUCUUUUACUCACAGUAGCCCUGAUGAAUGGAAACGAAGCUUCUAGGAAAUGCUGCCGAGAACAUUUGAAAGUUUUGAGUGGCCGCUGAAGUGUCUUGCAAUGCAUUUGAACUCGAAUUGUUUUCGUCUGCCCGAGGAUAUGCGACUGACAAUCGGUGGGCAAUUGUGUGUGGGCCAUUAUUACAUGUAGGAGUGCCGUGCUGCCGUGUUUAGCGUAUAACAAGGAUUUUAUCUUUCGGCAUCUUGCUGACAGAUGCGUUGCAGUAGCUUAUUUCUUGGCUGUUGGCCAGGAGAUUCUGGACUGCUAGUUCGAGGUCCACAGAUCUCGCGCAGCUGAAUUUUUUGUACAUAUAUGUUAGUUUUGUUCAGAAAUGCAUCGUCAAGUGCUCGAGUUGUCAUUGUCGUUUUCAUCUGUCGUAUAUAAAUGUUUCAACAUUGAAGCUAUAGUUUACUCUGGAAUGUUGUCAGCUUUGAUUGCUGCUUUGCCUGUCCAAAUUUGCUGUGCGCGAGGCAAGGUGCAAAUUAGCCUGAUAUUUUAUCUAUUUCUUCGUGGUAUCUUAAUACGGGCUUUAUCGUUGAUUGGUUUACGCCGCAGAAACUGAAUGAAAGUGUUGAGUAAACAAAAUGGCCUUGUUCUCUCGAACGAAGCGUCUCCAACUCUUGCGUCUAUAGCUCCAUGUAUGUAUUUACUUGAUUGCUGGUUUUUGGGUGAUUGCUUGUUUUCUUGAAGUGCUUUACGCCUACCGUCUUUUCCAUCACCCACUUUUGCGGUAGGUGACACUAUCACUAGGUAAAGUAAGAUAUAUUGAGAGACCUUGGCAAAGAGUGCCUUCUUUGACUUGUAAGCCGAAGUUUAUAAGCCAAGUGAAUGUGCUGCUAGUGCGUAACCGUACAAUUGAAUGCUUUUAGCCCUUGAAGGAAACAAAUAGUUUGGUAUUUGCGUACCCAUCAACAAGGCUUUCUCUGUGCUUGGCAUGUACUGGUUGUAGUAGGCAGUGAUCGUACUGCAGUAGAACUCAGCAUCCCUAUGCAGUGUUUGCCAUGCACAAUUGUCUGUCUGUACUUAGGCAUACCGCCUGCGCCUACAGAGACUACAGUGGCUGCGUAGCAUAAUUUAUCCCAUAGCUUAACCGAAUUCAUUCGCUGCCCCCCUGGCAUACAAGACACUAAGAUGCAGACGUUUCGCUCUUUCUUGUCUAAAUCCGAAUAUGAAGUUGAAAAGGGUAUAUAGAUAUAAUCCACUAAUUGCCAGCAAACUAUUUCGUGCGGAAGAUGCUACAGGUGCGGUAUGAGCAACGAAGAACUUUCAGCAGAUGAAAUCAAAGUUUACACUUUUCUUAGUUCAAAAAAGAAAAAAAAAAUACUGCCCAUUGAAGACGGAGUUAAAGGGCAACAAACUCAAAGAAAUGAAGUUUUCUAUGUUGCAGAGCUUAUAACUGUGCGGCCACGUAACCUAAGAAUGUUGUUGGACUUCUUGUACUGCCUCGCAAGCUUAGUUGCGUAUUCAGGCUUUGGGUGGUGUAUGUUUAUGCCUAUGUGGCUCAUCGAUGCUCUAAACUUGAACGGGCGAAGUGGCCACCGAUGUUACGAAUACAAGCAGCAGCCCGACAAGAACUGUUCGAACUGUUUUCGCGCGGAAGUAACUUACCGUCUUUGUGUCAGGAAUUUAUCCUGCGCGCACUGGUAAACGCGGCGGUCUCGCCAGGUACCAUCUGUCUCAAACGUUCGCAGGCCCCAGCGCUCGUGGUUUCAGCAGCGGCGCCCGCGUUCAGGUCGCCAGUGCUUACCUUGGGCCGACGACAGUGACGCCAUUUUCAGUGCGCGCUGUUUUGCUUAACGAGCGGGUGAGGGCGCAGUGAAAGGAAAUUGUAUGAAAAUGUUCCAAACGCAUUGGCAAUGCUCCCGGUUUCUCAUGCCUUGCGCCAUUAUAGCAUGUCACCGGUGUUUGCUCUGUAUGUACAUUUUUGUAAAAUAAGAAAGAAAAAAGAAUUGGUGAUGGGAUGGCCUUCCAAGAGUUGAAGAUUUGCUUGAGAGUCGGUGGCCUUGAAAAAUUUAUCCUAGAAAACCUUGUUACAUGUCACCAUCAUCAUCAUCCUAAUCGCGUACACUGCUGAACAAAGACCUGUCCUGGAGACCUCAAAUUAACCUUGUUCUACGCAAGACCCGUAAAUUUCCGAAUGUCACCUCCCAGUCUAAUUUUUGAUGAUUUGACUCAUCCGUUUGGCAUGCGUUAUGUUAGUUUAAUGAACCACCGGCUAUCCGUCGCACAUUACAUGAUCUGUCCUGCUCCUUUUUGCUCAGUAACAAUACAGAAUUUGGCUUCUUCACAUUUGCGAGAUUCCGACUUCAUUCUAAUGACAGCGUCAUUAAUACCUAAAUUUUAGGGAUUCCUGUGUAUCCAUAAAACUGGUGAAAAUCAGCCUGUAAGUUGCCCUUUUUGGUUAAAGCAAGCGCUACAUUUCUAAUCUUUUUUUUUUAUAUUCUAAAGGUACUUUUGCUGAGUCAUGCUAUUUUCAAGACAUUCUAGAAACCAAGAAAAAUGGAUCUGUCGUGGACAAAGGACAAACAAAAGAUGGGGAGUGUGCCUAAAUGUACAUUUUGGUGCUUAAUCGAGCGUAACUUUCACUUUCUGAGAAGGUCCCAAUAUAUAUAGAUCAGAUGAACAUUUAACAGCAGACAUAAUUGGCACCGUCUUCAGUAAGUCGGUACCGUCUUCAGUAAUAAUUGCUCGGACCACGCCGAUUUUACUAUUUGUUUUCCUGUAACAUGCAUCAUUGAGAAAGAUGGCGUUCGUGCUCAGUGACCAUCGCAUAUGCAGCGCCAACCAUGUGUUACAGUGAAAGUGUUGUAGAUUGAGGCCGGUGAACGGUUAUAUCCCCGAUUUGCUAGUGUACUGGCCUGCGAACAUUUAAUACGGAUGAGACAUGGUCUUACGACAACCGAUGUCGUUCAUUUCGUCCUUUGUACGCUCGUUGCGUGCAACAUUUGCGACGCGCAGUUUAUGCUCAAUGAUCAUCGUUGAAACGACCUGUAUGGUGAUCUACUUGUGGCUUGCGGUGCAUGAGUACCAAGAUCUGCAUAAUGGCCCGUUGUGUUGAUGUGCCUGUUGAACACUUCAGAGACUACGUUUUGUUCGUUACGCAAGCACUAGUUAUGUAAAAAAAAAAAAGAAGUUUCAAGCACUUGUUUGAAAUGUCGGCAUUAGUUCCCGAUUAUAUUGUCUCACGAUUUCAAAAGCUGUACCCGCCAGUAUCGGAUUGCACGGGCGCUCAAUAUUGUACUCUUGUUGACCAUCUCAUUACGACUCAUAUUGUGGACAAAACUGAUCCGCGUAUAUCGACAUCUAAACAUUUAUCAGGAUGAAAGAUGUCUAAGUUGCUUGUGACCUCUCAGAAAAUAGUUUCUUACAUAGCCUCCUAUAUUGCAGGCGUAACACCGCGCCUCUGAAGUACGAUGUGCCAAAUCCCAAUGUCUAGUCUUAUAAACUGAUGUCACGUGUUGUUUGAAAAAGCAUGAAUGUGUGCAAACUGCUUCUUUCUUGACAAGAAAAUAAAUAGUUCUCU